AUGAGUCCGGGUCCAUGGUUGAAAUAGUUUUGUUUACAAAAUGGAUGAAUUUAAAGCCUGUGACCUGGACUACUUUCCAGAAAACAUUUUAAUUGACGUGUUGGCGUAUCUGAGCGUCCGAGAACUCGUCCGAGCCGGAAGAGUGUGUAAGCGAUGGAAGCGGCUCGUCAAGGACCAACGGCUCUGGAGGUUUGUCGAUCUGACCGCAUGGAAAGGGGUGACAUCCCGCAUACUUUGGCUCCUGCUGCGUCAGUACCUGGGCUGUGGACUGAGGUGUCUGCGGUUGCGUGGUUUGCUGCUGUCGGCCAGAGGCGGCACCUUUCUCUCCGAGUCGUGGCUCAAAGCCUUGUCCACAAAGUGCCCUCGCCUCAGCAAGCUGUACCUCCUGCACGCGGACUUACGGAGCCUUCCCAGUUGCCAGCUGCUGCCGGCGUCUCUGCAGGUGCUGGAGCUGCGUGGCUGCGAGCUGCCCCGUGAAUUUUUCAACCAGACUCUGCCUCCACCGGCCCGCUCCCGCGAAAGAGCAGAAGCCACAUCCAGUGGCGGCGCUCAACAGCAAGGGAGGCACCGGAAAGGGAAGGCGCUCGGCUCUCCGUCCGGCGUCGGUAUUGGGAGGUUAGUCCUUAAUAACGUGCCGUCCUUCACGGACCAGCAUCUGCAGAGUCUGACGUCGUGGGAGCGGCUCAGCCGCUUGGAGCUGCGCGACACCUUUCGCGUGACUGCUAACGGGCUCAGGAGCUGUGCUGCCAAGAGCGGCGUCUGUGAGGUGGAAGGCCUUUCCAGGCUCAAGUUUCUGGAGAUCGGCAUCACUGGGCGGCAAGGUUACCAGCUACAGAUGGCCUCCCUCGGGCUGGGCGCCGGAUGGCUGGGACUGGAGGAACUGAGCCUGGGGGGUAAAGAGGUGGGGCCGGGCCUGCUCUGUGCCAGCCGCCUGAAGGACCUGAAGUGUUUGUGCCUGUGGGCCUGCACGCUCAGCGAGAUGCAGGUAGUGCGGAGCUGCAGGAUGCUCCGCGGGCUCAGCCGGAUGGAGUUUUUAGAUGUGACCUUCCAGCCUAAGCAGGGCCCACCAGUCCUGGAGGGGGAGGGGGGAGGUGGUGGGGGAGGUGGAGAAGAGCCGAAUAAUGAAGAAGCUGUAGUUGCCGCAAACAGCAACGAUGAGAACAACACAGUAGACCUGAACGAUCCCAUUCCGAGUUUGCGUCGCUCGCUGGCCGUCCUGCUGCCGUCCUGCACUUUAGUUUUCACCAAUUGCUCCGUUCAGACGAGUGCAGACUAAAUGUGCUCUCUGCUUCUGGUAAAUGCAGAAUGCGCAUCCUUCAUGGCUACCAGAUGUCACUAAUUCAUCCGAGUCUUCUGUGGAUGUGAAUCGGAUAUUUAGACCUUUUAUGUCAGCAACAUUUUUUAAAAGGACCUAUACUGGGAGAAACAUUUGAAAUGAAGUAGUUCAUCUUUUCCUCUUUUAAGACCGCUUUCUUGUAAAUUUUCUGAACUUAACAUUCAAAGCAGAAUUUAUUUCAACUGUCAUCUGAGAUCCUUGGCUUGUUAAUAAUUACAAUAAUGACAUAAUAUUCAGCACCAUACAUUUUUUUAUAUGUCUGUAAUUUUGGUAGUGAAAAUAUACUUUCAAAUCCUAUUUCUUCAGACUUUGAUGAAAUCUUACUGUUAGUAGUGCUGAAUAUUGUGAUGUAGCACAUUUUUACUCCCAUGUAUGAAAUGACCAGGCGUGAUGUAUAUUGGCUAUUUCAGCAAAUAGAAAAACACCAAAUUACUUUGUCACACUGAGGAUAAAUCCUCUUUCCACAAAGCGACCCUGCUGUUGGAUUUACAGCAUUUGCUUUGGAAAAAUGUAUAUUGUCUCUCGGUGUAAGUAUUGUGUUCAAGUCUCACGGUUGUUGAGCGGGCAGGCUCGCUUCAAAAUGCGUCGCAGACACGCAAAGAAAUACGUUUCUCAACAAUAAACAAAAUAUGGAGCAGUCAAAGCUAGACUAGAGACGUUACUGAAGCGCGCUGCUCGCAAUGAGCCACCUGCUUCCUGUUCCUUCGCCACAAUGUAGACAAAAAAAUAUGUUGUGUUCCGCGCAGGAGUUUGACUUUGUUACAGAAAAACGGCACAAUACAUUCAAAUGAGUCUUCAGUAACUUAUUACGUUUUAGUUUUUCCUUUAUUGUAAGUUGUAAAAUGUAUGUUUGUUGUAUACAUGGAAAAUCUGUGUCACUGAUGUGAAUUGAACUUAAGCAAGCCAAACAUUUGCAGUUAAAACCUCUUCAUUUCUAGAAAUAAAUGAGUUUUCAAUAAAGCUAUUUUAAACAAACCA